GGCUGUCUCACUGGAGAGCCGAUCAGGUCGCCAGCUCACAUUCCAAGCAAGAAUGCACGCCUAGGCGACAUCCUUGCUACACAAUGCUACACAAUGCGAACUUGUAGGUCUACUUGAGGGUCUCGGGUGGCCACUGCUCUCCAGAAGGUCCUGGUUUUCUUCAUACCGUGGUGAACUCGACUUGAGUAGUAGUCGUGUUGUAUCGUGUACGUGUAGAGCAUUGCAGUUUCCUCUUUCUUUGAGAGGCAGCCACUUGAAAACAGGUCUGAGGUUUUCACGGAAAAGCUGUAGCUCGUCGAUCCGGGAUAACCGCGAGUGAAGCAACGAUGAAGAGGAGAACAUUUUCCAUCAAGGGCCUGUCCGUGAAACGGAGACCAAAGAUUCUCGAAGAUGAAGCCUUUGAUCCCGAAACACCCAAAGCAGCAUCCAAGAAGCAAUUGCGGGAGAGAAAUUCAUCAGACACGAAAAAGAAGCGUUCCAAAAAAGUCGACAAGCAGCCGGUGGAGACAGAUCAGCUCAGAGAACGUGAAAACGAUUCCGAAAGUACUCAAGACGCACCACCUCCAUAUACGGAGUACGAUGAAAACUCCAGUGAACCGACCGUGGGUCGUGAGGUGCUUAUAUCUUGGGACGAUGCGGUGCGUCGCUGCGUUCCAUUCAGCGAACUACAAGUGCACGAGUUGGACGAGUCGCAUGUCGACUCCUGUAGCACUCUGGAAGACGACUUGAUAUACGGCACCAACGAGGUUCUUAACCAGUACGAAUCCCUGCUGGACUGUGGCCAGAUAGGAGGUGCUGCUUGUGACGACGACGACACUGCCUCAAGACGAAGCAAUAUGGAUGGUAGCGCUAGCCUGCCAGCGCGCUACCUUAGCAGUAUUAGUGGACGAAAGACGUUCUCAAAGGUGAACUCUGUGCAAGACCUGAGGCUAGGAUCGAAGAUGUACGGAGCAUCCAACUCUGGACCGCAGUUCUAUGACCUUCAUGGCAAGGGGCUUUCCCUGCAGAGUCGAACUCUAACUGGAGAAGGUGUCCCGCAAGGAGCUCUAAGGCGAUCACUACCUACGUCCUAUGGCAGUCGACAACCGGAGAAUGUACUGCUGGAAUUGGACGGACCGAGAGUGCGUAACAACCCGCACGCUCAUGCACACGCGGCACCGAACCGAUAUUUCUCUCGCGGAUUCGGCGGAGGUGGAGGAGGCGGCAGUAGUAUCAGCCGCCGACGAUCGCCCCCACCGCGAGAGGAGCGCAUUGCCAACGGGCUUCGUCGCAGUGCAGGUGCUGGAUCAUCACCUCGCACACGCUCUCGCUAUACGCCAGCCAUUGCAGUACGCAGAGACCCGGUACCUAAUCAAACUGGGACUGCCUCUGCCCCUGCCGCUGGUAGCAGUCGAACAUUAGAACCUCCUGCCAACCUGAACGGCAUCUCGCCAUCAAACAGCGGACAGUUCGAUGCCCCCAACGCCACACCGGUUGGCAUUCUCAAGCGUGAUGUCGGUGAAACUCUGGAUACGGACAUGAAUGGUGGCGGUCUUGCAGAGGCUGAAACCCUCCGUACUAUGACAGACAAUAGUAAGAAAGAGAAGGCGGUGGUGUUCGGUGCAUAUCAACCCAAGAAACCCGAAGUCACGACGGCCAGCAGAAGGGAGGCGAAGAAGGUAGCAAUGAAGAAUAUGAAUGUGAGCAGAGCAAUGGAUGCAGCUGCAACUGGGAACAUUGUCGCCUUGCAACAUCUCUUACAAGUGAAAGUUCCAGGCAUUGAGUUUACCGCUCUGUCACGGGAUGAAGACCAGAAAGCAACUGUGAUCCACCGUGCAGCUGAAGCGGGUCAACUAGACUGCCUUAAGUUUCUGAUGGGCACUCUGCUAUCGCAUUCCAGCACGCCUCAGGACGCCACAACCCUGGUGGACAUUGCCGAUCGGACACCAGCCAUGCUAGCACUGCAAAAUGGUCACUUGGAUUGUUUGGAGUAUUUACUUCAGUGUGGUAACAGCGAUCUAGAGAUCGAUGACCAUGGACAUACGCUACUGCAUCACGCUGCCUAUCAUGGUCAGACACAAUGCUUGGGGUACCUGCUGGACUUGGCAAAGAAAAGUGGCAAGGAUUUGAAUGAGUAUUCUGAUGAUGUGGAUGUAACGCCAGCCCAUGUAGCUGCACAGCAGGGCCAUAUCGACUGCUUGCGUCUGUUGGUGGAGAAUGAAAUGGAUAUCUGUCAGUCGGAUGUGGACGGUCUCACUCCACUGGACUGGGCCAGCAAGGCCAACGAACCACUGUGUCAGCACUAUCUAACCAUGGUCGAGAAAUGCUGGGAUCUCACCGACCAACUCGAACAAGCUCAAGAAAAGCUGGACAGGGCUGUCCGCGAGGUGGGGCCUCUUCGUGACCAGCUAGAUGAGGCUCAAGUGAAGAAAAGCAAUUUACAGAAGACACUGGAUGUAACCAAGGCCCAGUGUGAUAAAAAGAUCGAGCAGAACGAAAGAGAUUGCGCCAAAGCACUCACGGCAUUUUUGCAUCUUCUGUCGCCGGAGCAGCAAAAGACCAUGUGCCAACAGCUGCCGACCUCUCUACUCAGUGCUCUGAGCCUGUCACAGAAGAAGUUAUCCUCCGACCAUCCGCUGCCGGAUAAAUCUCGCAGCCUACCCCGGCAGUUAGAUUCCGACCCGUCCUCACCGACUUCCAGUGAAGGUGACAGCUCAGAUGAUCGCAGCACAUCAUCCCAGCAAUCGCUUGGUGCGGACAGUGGCUGUGGAUUGGACAUGAGCACAGCACUAACCAAUGACGACAAUAAGCAGUCAAGGGAAGAGUUAGUAUGAGCUGCAUGUCAGGCCCGACCGAACCGGUCUGCUUGGUCAGGCUGCUUGGUCAGGCUAUCACCAGACCAACCUUUUGGCAGCCAACAUGUGUGUACUGCCUGAGGAGGAAGUGUGUACCCGUCGUAUCAUACACAAAGUGUGUACACGUCGUAUCAUACACACAGUGUGUACCCGUCGUAUCAUACACAAAGUGUGUACCCGUCGUAUCAUACACACAGUGUGUACCCGUCGUAUCAUACACACAGUGUGUACCCGUCAUAUUAUACACACAGUGUGAAAGGAUAUGAUAAUACAGGAGCAAUAGUCCUUAUGCACAUUGUACAGAGGUACGAAGUUCUGUACUAUGGCCGUAGGUGUGUACAUACCCGGUUGGGUGUUCAUUGUGUGCUAUACAUGCGCGUUUGACCCAUUUAGCCUCACAAUUCAUGGCAAACGAUCACUUUUCAAGCCUUCUUCACUUUGGGAUUGAACUAACGACUAGCUAGAUCUCUGCCGGAAAAAGAUUUCGUAUGAAAUGCCUUCAUGGCCCAUUUCAUAGUGGAAAUAGCAGUAAACACAAUAGGGUCCUGCACAUUCAACACCCAACCGGGUCUACGGGAUUCUACAAGAUUAUACGGGAUUUCGUGCAUCUGUACAAUGUGCAUAAGGCCUAUCGAAAACUGCUUCCUGCAUUCUGUAUGUGCGUGUACAUGUGGCAACCUUUCACCCAUGUAUGAACACCGUGUCCAGUGAAUGUGUAUCCAAGUAACUCAAAGCAUGCCUACAGUGUGUGGAGAGUUCAAGGAUGCAGACUGAGUGCAUGCAGAGCGCAGUCAGCAAAAAAGACUUUACUCUGUAGUUUCACUGUGCUCCUAUUUUGGUUUGAGAUUCUCUUCUUGUUUUUCACUGUACAAUAUAUAUUUUGUGAUCGCGAUUUUCUGGCUUUAUACUUUGUGUACAUUGGUACGGUUAUAUCAUUCUGAGCUAGGUGUUGUGAUCAAAUCGCACAUAACGCAUCUAUUUUUUUGCAACUUGCAGCAGUGUUAGAAUAACAUUCCCUGCCACACUAUAAUUAUGUCGAAUAUACCAAAGUAGACAGUUUCAGCUGUUGCAGCCAAAUUGGUUAAAGAGCUCCUUUUUUACGUCAAUAUUGUUGGCUACAGUUUCAUUGUUGUCUAGAAGGUGAUUCUUCUGGCAAAGUGUUUCCAUCACCGCUCGUUGUGACAACAAAGGCUGAUAUGGGUAUGUGCAUACCUGCUGUACAUAAUUAUUCUCAACUUCGCGCACUUUGAGUCUUGGCAACUGUGUGAUUAGUUUUGAAAAGUAUUGAUUGUGUCAUACAGUAGCAUUUAUGAAGAUGUGCCUUGCCCUACAAUUUGAAUGAUUGUCUCCUUCUUCUUUUA